CAAAAUUCAUUUUUACGCUCUGGCAAAACCACUCCACCAAACAGCCUGCCUGCUAUUCAUCUUCAUUCCUGGCCAGCUCGGCACAUAUAAGAUCGCUUGGAACUCCAUUUACUAUUCUUAGGAGUCGACGUAGACACGCCAGCCAAAAUGCAUCUCAUGUACACCCUCGACAACGAAGGCAAUCGUGUCUACACACUGAAAAAAGUGUUGGAUGGCCAGGUCACAAAAUCCGCACAUCCCGCUAGAUUCUCACCAGAUGACAAGUACUCCAGACACCGAGUUACAUUGAAGAAACGAUAUGGACUACUCUUGACGCAACAACCUGAAUCCAAGAUGUGAGCGUUCUUUAGCGAUAAUUUAUAUCAAUCAGGGCGAAUGGCGUUAUCCUUUUGUGGCGACGGAAGGGGUUGGUUAAAAAAGAGACAUAUAUUGUAAUUGGUCUGAUCUGCUGUUGCUUAUCUACGGGUUCUUCUUUUGGUGGGCUCCGUACAAGUCCACACUUCCGAUGUACUCGAGGAAGUCGAUUUGAGAUUGGACUAUUAUUCGACUUCAGCUAGCACUGGCAUACUCCAUAUUGUACUGUACGUUCCAUAUAUAAGCUGUUUCCCGUGCCUGAAAUGUCAAUAUGAGAUUGAAAUAUUUUGCGAUCGCUCUAUCUUUGCUUCCUUCCCAGCAUUAGUAACAAAAAUGAAAUCGUUAAAUGAUGAA